AUGGCGUCGAACGCGGGGUACGGGGGAGGGGGUGGGGGAGGGACGGCGGCGGAGGAUUUCGCUCGACGGGCGCGCGCGGCGAGCGCGCGCGGCGGCGAAUCGGGCGCGGGGACGGGGUAUCGGUACGAGUAUCGACGCGAUUUCUCGCGUGAGGACGCCGAGCGGGUGUUUAGGGAAAUAUUUGGGAGCGAUAGCUCGAGUUUCUUGCGAGAGGUGGAGCGGGCGAUGCGAGAGGCGGCGACGCGCGGCGGCGGAUUUCCGCCUCGCGGGUUCGGAGCGAGCGGCUUUGGACCGGGUGGGUUCGCGUUUCGGGGCCAGAUGAGCGCGUACGAUUUGAACGAUUUGUUCAAGACUAUUUUUAGCGAACAGGCGUUCGGGGAGCGCCGGGGUGGGGGCGAGGUGAGCGAGACGUCGUACGUGAACGCGCGUGGAGAGACGGUGAUUCGGCGCGUGACGCGCUUCCGAGGCCCCAACGGCGUCGUCUCCGAGUCCGUCACCGAGCGCGUCGUCGGUCGCGGGAGCGCUGGUUCUACACCAGGAUUCGAUCCGUUUCGCUACGAGCGCGCAUCGAGCGCGCGUUCGCCUCCACCGCCCGGUUCCGUCGUCGGCGUCAAUCCGCUCGUCGAGCUCGCCGUGGGCGCGGCGCGAGUCCUCCGAGUCGCCUUCGUUCGCUUCAUCGCCACCUUCGGCGCGCGAUUACUUCAAACCGCCAUACGAUUCCUUCUCCGUCGUCUCUUCGGCGGCGGUCGAUUUUAG